AUGCAGGAGAAUUACGAGACGGUGACCUCGCUGGGAUUUCCCAUUCCCAAACCUGAACUGAUCGCCCGGCUGGAACGAGGGGAAGAGCCGUGGGUGCCCGAUCUCCAGGCCUGCCAGGAAAGAGCGAUCCCGAGAGGCGACUGCAUAGGUGAUGAGAGAGUGAGAGAGAAUGAAGAGGAGAAUCAUGAUGCAGAAGUUCCUAGUAAAGCAAUCCACACAGGAGAGAGACCCCAUAAGUGUUUGGACUGUGGGAAAGGUUUCAUACAGAGGUCAGAUCUUCGAGCACAUCAGAGGAUCCACACAGGAGAGAAACCUCAUAAGUGUUUGGAAUGUGGAAAAGGUUUCACACGGAGAUCACAUCUUAUAGGACAUCAGAGAAUCCACACUGGAGAGAGACCCCAUAAGUGCUUGGACUGUGGGAAAAGUUUCAUGCAGAGGUCAUCCCUAGUUAAACAUCAGGUAACCCACACAGGAGAGAGACCCCAUAAGUGCAUGGACUGUGGGAAAAGUUUCAUACAGAGAUCAGACCUUGAUAAACAUCAGGCAAUCCACACAGGAGAGAGACCCCAUAAGUGCCUGGAAUGUGGAAAAUGUUUCACACGGAGAUCACAUCUUAUAGGACAUCAGGCAAUCCACACAGGAGAGAGACCCCAUAAGUGUUUGGACUGUGGGAAAGGUUUCAUACAGAGGUCAGAUCUUCGAGCACAUCAGAGGAUCCACACAGGAGAGAAACCUCAUAAGUGUUUGGAAUGUGGAAAAGGUUUCACACGGAGAUCACAUCUUAUAGGACAUCAGAGAAUCCACACUGGAGAGAGACCCCAUAAGUGCUUGGACUGUGGGAAAAGUUUCAUGCAGAGGUCAUCCCUUGUUAAACAUCAGUUUGCCCUAACUGAGCGAUCUCUGUGUGCCCCACCACCCCGGGACUCUGGUCACAACUUCAUAAAUGCCUUGCCUGUGCGUAAAGUUUCCUUCACCUACCACACCUCAUUAAACAUCAGAGAAUUCACAAAGGUGUGA